AUGGCCACUGCAAGAGCUCUAGCCACCAUGGCAAUUUUCCUCCUGGUGGCCCUCUCCACCUUCCACAUCGCGUCCUCGCUCCGCCCAGGAAAGUCGGGAAACUGUGAGAAGAGCAACGACCCCGACUGUUGCGAGGAUGGCAAGAGCUACCAGCAGUACCACUGCUCGCCACCGGUCACCGCAACCACCAAGGCCGUCUUGACGCUCAACAGCUUCGAGAAGGACAAGGACGGCGGCGGUCCAUCCGAGUGUGACAACGCCUACCACAGCGAUGAGGAGAUGGUCGUUGCGCUCUCCACUGGCUGGUUCAAGAACAUGGCCCGUUGCGGGCACCGCAUCAAGAUCACCGCCAAUGGCAACUCUGUGUAUGCCAAGGUGGUGGACGAGUGCGACUCCGUCUAUGGCUGCGAUGAGGACCACAACUACGAGCCCCCGUGUGCCAACAACAUUGUUGACGCGUCUCCUGCAGUGUGGAAUGCCUUGGGGCUCGACGAGAACGUUGGCAUGGAGGGCAUCACCUGGUCCGAUGAGUGA